UCCCACCCUCUUCUUCGACCAGUCCACCCCGCUCCGUCUCCAUACCUUUCUCGCUCCCCCGCCUCGUUUCUCCGCCCCGUCGUUUCCCUCCUCCCUACGACCUUCUCUUUCCUCCGAGCAUUCGCACAACUCUUUUCUAACACACAAAAACUUUGAGCAUCCGGCUAUGUUCACGUACACCCCCUCCACCCCCGAAUUCGAGCCUGUCUCUCCCCGCUUCGAGGACAGGACUCAUCCAGCCUCGAUGGCACCCUGCGGUAUUCAUGACCCCGCUCUUCUCGAAUUCAUCCGCACUGAUGUCUCGCGUGAGCUCGUCUACUACCUCGCCGAAAGGACCACCUCAGUCAUUGGUCAAGCCACCAAGGCUGCCGUUCCGUUCACCCCGCCUGGUACUCCCACCAAGGAAAGCGCCGAGGAAGCCCUUGGUCUCCCGUCUCUGGAAACUUUUGUUGCGGUCGUCUGCGAGCAAUCCAAUGUGCAGGUGUCAACCCUCCUUGCUACACUCGUAUACCUUGAACGAUUGCGACAUCGUCUUCCCAAAGUGUCCAAAAGCAUGCCUUGCACGCGUCAUAGGGUCUUCCUCGCGACUCUCAUCGUCUCCGCCAAGUACCUCAACGAUUCUUCCCCGAAGAACAAGCACUGGUGCAAGUAUGCACAGAUGUUUCCUGUUAGCGAGAUCAAUCUCAUGGAAAAACAACUGCUCUUUCUCUUGGGUUACGACCUUUCCGUCGACGAGCGGGAAAUACUCGACAACUUCCAACCAUUCUUGAGCGAGUACUCCUUCUACUCACCAAGUGUCGCCUCCUCACCAGAGCUUCCACCGACUCCGAUUACCCCUGCGCGACCGACCACUGGGCGUUCCAGCCACAAGCGACACCAACGCACGUCCUCGCGGGGGUCUCGUACCUACAUUGCUCCUCCCUUGGAUCGAUCCGGCUCGUCAUCCUCUCUCGAGUCUGAAGAUAUGCCUCUUACUCCACAGCAACCACCUUCUCCAGUAAUGGUCAACGCUGUACGCAGAGGGCAAGGCAAGGUGCUUGUUGGGCAAAGACCAGCCGCUAUCUAUGAGGUACCUGUGCCAAACACCCACUACCUCCAACAGUCUAUGUCUAUCGAGUCGAUCACGUCUGCAAACCAAUCCAAAGUCGCUCCUUCUGUGAAGGAAGGUUUCCUCCAGCGAUUGCUUCGAUCGGACAGACGUCGCAAGCAGGUUGCAAUACAAGAGGUAGAAGCACUUGCUGCUGUUUCGUCUUAGAACGUUUGUUAAACCGGCUCUUGGCGGCUUGAGUUCAGCGAAAUCAGGCGAACGUGUCGCGGGGUCUCGGCUGUGCCGAUCAUUGUUUUGGGUUCUUUGGACGACAUGCUUGGGUUGUUGUUUCGUGCUCUUAUAGAUUCUCCAUUUGUUGUUUCUCAUCUCCUGGACAUUCAUCAUUGCCAUUAUCAUCAUUUCAUCUACCGUUGUAGUUGAUCUACUAUACGUGACAUACGUACCUGCACUCUUUAUCAUAGCUUGACUCUCGUUUUAUCUUUUGCUGGCCCUGGUCGGUCAGUAAACUCAGAUGCAUCAUAUGAAAAC